AUGGCUGGCUCAAGCAGCCAUACUAAUGUCCCCCUCCAAACAUUCCAAUUAGCAAAUCAGAUCAAAGAAAUCGAUCCUCAAGACGCGAUCUUCAAACACGAUUCAGAGGAGGACAGACGAAUCAAUCGCGAGGCGCCUUGGAAGAGGGACCCGCAUUACUUUAGAAAAUGCAGAAUAUCGGCUGUUGCCCUCAUUAAAAUGGUCAUUCACGCACGCUCCGGUGGGAUAUACGAGAUCAUGGGCCUCAUGCAGGGACGAGUCCAAGGGGAUGCAAUAACCAUUAUGGACUCGUUUGCGCUGCCAGUCCAGGGCACCGAGACGCGCGUCAAUGCUGGCAACGAAGCCAUUGAGUAUAUGAGCCAGUACAAGACCGGAUCAGAGCAGGCCGGAAGAAAGGAGAACGUAAUCGGAUGGUAUCAUUCGCACCCGGGGUAUGGAUGCUGGCUGUCUGGAAUUGAUGUUUCGACACAAUCAGAUAAUCAAAAGUUCCAGGACCCAUUUAUUGCCGUCGUCAUUGACCCUAACCGGACGAUAUCAGCAGGCAAAGUUGAAAUUGGGGCCUUCAGAACGUAUCCUGAGGGAUAUAGACCUACAAAUUCCUCAUCUGAUUAUCAAUCAAUACCACUCGAAAAGAUCGAAGAUUUUGGUGUUCACGCCGACUCAUAUUACCCGAUCGAAAUCUCGGUCUUCAAAUCCAAGCUGGACGACGAGCUUCUCAACCGAUUAUUCAACAAAUACUGGGUGAAUACGCUGAGCCAAACACCCUUGAUUUCUAAUCGAGCAUACGCAGCAUCACAACUCUCUGAUCUCGCUGCAAAACUAACUAAGGCCCAAUCAUCUGGGGGUCGCAAUCUCCUUCAGACAACCAUAAACUCGGUCCUGGCAGGGAUCAGCCUACACCCUCCGGCUGCCCCUGAAUCAAUCAUAAGAAGCAGAUCGGGGGCGGUACUUGUGCCGAAUCAGAAACCGGUGAAAAAAGAAGACAAUCCGUUGGAGCAAGUCGUCAAAGACAGUGCAAGAAUCGUGUCGGACGCUCAACAUGGUCUCAUAGCCCAAAUCCUGAAGGACAUCAUCUUUUCAAAUCGACCUUCUGAGAGUAAACAUCCUUCUUCGCGUGUCAGCCCCGUCGUGGACACGGUUAUGGAGUGACAUGCACUAAAUCGUGCCUUUCCACGGAACGUUUUGACAUUACUUCCAUCGGCACUUUUUGACGCGCUCCCAGCUUGCCACCAGAAGUAAAAUUGGUGUCAUAUCAAUCCGAUACUUAUAACCAUGUUACCAUUCAUGGCAGGAGUUCAUAUCGGAGCAAAUACAGCGAGUAAAGAUAUAUGGCUAUUUUUUGAGUUUCAUGCUACCAAGUAGAUCCUCACUCGUGAC